AUGUUCCCCAUUUCCAGGAAUGGCAGACUGGAGCUGCCAGCCACCCGUGUGGUGGCAUCAUAUCCGUAUGGAGACAGCAACCCAGGGGUGACACCACAGCCCAGACCCCCGGAGGACACCUGGGCCCCCCACCCUGUCUACGGGGCACAGCCGCGUUACGCCUGGCCCGCCGCGCCGGCGCCCGGGAACCCCUUUGCCUCCGAGUCACACCCAGCCUGGGCUGGCACUGGAGCUCCUUCCCACACCCCCGGCUGGGACCCCAAGGAUGCUGCUUAUGACAGACCCGAGCAAAGCACAAACCAACACAACUACUACUCUGAUGUCAACCACCAGCACUGUGGGACAACCAACGGCCACAGGCCCCCCACCCCAGCCCCCAAGGUGCAGUACAGUGCUCAGCCCCAGAUGUACGACCGUGCCCCUCGGAAGCUCCUGCCUGGCAGCCGGGAAGUUGGCUUUAAAGUUGGUGACCCGUCCCCAGCAAACUCUGCUGGUGUCCAGCCAGAGAUUCAGAGAAUCCUCCACGUCAUGGGGGAGGCUGUGCAGCUGGAGCAGGAGGUGGAUGAAUUUGUAGGAAAAAAGACAGAUAAAUCCUACCGGCUCCUGGAGGAGAUGCUGACCAAGCUGCUGCUGGAACUGGACUCCAUCGAGACUGGGGGCCAGGACAGUGUUCGGCAGGCCAGGAAAGAGUCCGUCCACAGAAUUCAGGCCAUACUGGAAAAACUGGAAAGAAAGGGAUUGUGA